AUGCCCUACCAACGACCCCCACAGCCAACCCCGGGCCUACGGCAUCCGUCUAUGGGGCCUCACGACUCUGCAUCAACAGGACAAUCUCGAAUGCUGGUGGCAAGAAUCAACGAAAAGAAGGCAGAGCUAGAGAGUCUCAAACAAUUGCGGGAUUUGAGUGGAGGACUUGCAGCGCAGAUGCAGGCGCUAGAAGAAAAGCUAUCUACGUUGUCAGAGGGGACAGAAGCGGUGGCAGUAGUCCUAUCCAAUUGGCACAAUGUUCUAAGAGCGAUCAACAUGGCAUCAAUGAAAGUACCGAAGCCCAGCACAGCCGAAUACGAAGAGAAGCCCGGCGAUAAUCCUGAAAUACCUCUGCCUCAGACCAUGGUGCGCAUACCGAUUGAGUCCGAGUCGACCCCGGAAUGGCACAAGGAAGAGUAA